GGUCGCUCCGCCGGCUGGUGCUUUUUCAUCAGGACAAGCUGUGUUCCAUGGCAGGGAACUUUUGGCAGAGCUCCCACUAUUUGCAAUGGAUUUUGGAUAAACAAGACCUUUUGAAGGAGCGCCAAAAGGACUUAAAGUUUCUCUCAGAAGAAGAGUAUUGGAAAUUACAAAUAUUUUUUACAAAUGUUAUCCAAGCAUUAGGUGAACAUCUUAAAUUAAGACAGCAAGUUAUUGCCACUGCUACAGUCUAUUUCAAGAGAUUCUAUGCCAGGUAUUCUCUGAAAAGUAUAGAUCCCGUAUUAAUGGCUCCUACUUGUGUGUUUUUGGCAUCCAAAGUGGAGGAAUUUGGAGUAGUCUCAAAUACAAGAUUGAUUGCUGCUGCUACUUCUGUAUUUGGUUUUUCUGUUGUGUUUUCUGCAGUAAAAACUAGAUUUUCAUAUGCCUUUCCAAAGGAGUUUCCUUAUAGGAUGAAUCAUGUAUUAGAAUGUGAAUUUUAUCUUUUAGAACUAAUGGAUUGUUGCUUGAUAGUGUAUCAUCCUUAUAGACCUUUGCUCCAGUAUGUGCAGGACAUGGGCCAAGAAGACAUGUUGCUUCCCCUUGCAUGGAGGAUAGUGAAUGAUACCUACCGAACGGAUCUUUGCCUGCUGUAUCCUCCUUUCAUGAUAGCUUUAGCUUGCCUGCAUGUGGCCUGUGUUGUACAGCAGAAAGAUGCCAGGCAAUGGUUUGCUGAGCUUUCUGUGGACAUGGAAAAGAUUUUGGAAAUAAUCAGGGUCAUUUUAAAACUCUAUGAACAGUGGAAGAAUUUUGAUGAGAGAAAAGAGAUGGCAACUAUUCUUAGUAAGAUGCCCAAACCAAAACCACCUCCAAACAGUGAAGGAGAGCAGGGUCCAAAUGGAAGUCAGAACUCUAGCUACAGCCAGUCUUAAAACAUUCCGAAGAUUUUCAUAGUGGACCACUUGGAAAUAAACCAUUGGACAGAUUUCAAUAAGUCUUCAAUGGGACACAAAUGAAAAUGAAUAGUUGGUUUCUGUCAAGCACUUUGGGAAGUGAUUUUAUUUUUGCAAAAUAAUUUUCCUUACCUGGUUUGAUUUUACUGCAUCGUUGAUUAAAACCUCUUAAUUAUAAAAGUUUUGAAAGGUUCUAAGGAACCUGCAGAUAGACAGACAUAGACAUAUCAAGAUUUAUAGCUCUUUGAUUAGUAUAAUUUUUUAAGUUGAAUAAUGUAAUUCUAAAAUUUGGAUUUGUAGCUUUUUAUUGUCAGGAAACAUGAACAUAAUUUGUUUUAAAUUCUCUUUGGUCACUGAAGGACCAGAACAAGGACAAUAAAAGUCAAACAUCUGAGGGCUUUUUUCCCUCUUUAACUUAACUUUAAAGCUGUAUUUAAGGAAUCAAAUCUUACAAAAUCCUGGAAGAUUUUGAUAAUGAUGUUGAUGAUUUCAGGGAAAAUAAUCAAGUACCUAUUGAUUUAAAAGUAUAUUUUAUUCAGUAGUUUUGGUGUCUUGCCAGGGAAGAUUCUAGCCCAGUCUAGCAGGAAAGUGCAAUAUGUAUAGCAAACAUAUUUUGAUGUUUUAAAAGUUAUAUUAAUUCUGUAAACAUUUUGAAAUGCUGGGCAAACUUUAAAAGAAAAAAAAGAUCCUACAUGAAGUUAUUUGCAAUCGAGUCACAGUUAAUCAGGCAUUUAAAAUUUUUUAAUUGGCUAAAACACCGUAAUAUGGUUAAAAUUUGGUAAACUUUCUGUGUUAAUUUUUACUGUACUGUGAACAAAUUUUAUAAUACAUACAUCCCUUACUUUAUGUUUUUGUUUUAGUGUGAUGUCACAGAUUUACUACAGACAUCCUGAGCCAAGAACACAAUCAGGUUUCAGGCCAGUUUGGUACGAGCUAUUCUAAAUUCUGGUGUGAGUGUAGGAGUUCAGGCUCAAUGUCAUCUUAGUGGGGCUGUGCUGUCUGUGGAACUUAAUGAAUUAAUAAUUGUCUUCAGACUUGAAGGAGAGUGGUAAAUAAGAUAAGGAGUUAAAGGAUGUCAAUGUACAAUUUAAGGGUUAAUUGUGGAAAACGGAUUAUUAAAUGUUGAAUUCCUAGUAUAAGACUGCAAGAAUAAAAGUGAGUUCUCCAGCUCUGUUGACUAGUGUCUUGAAUUACCUUUUGGGAUCUGCCUUAGUUUUUCCUGAGAGCCCUUCCUUUAGAUGAUACUCGUUUGUCAAAGAGUCCCGGUGAUGCAAUGGUUACACACUCCCUACUAACCGCACAUUCAGCAUUUCAAGCCCACCUGCCAUUCGCCAGGGUCAGCUGUGGUAGUGUGCUUCUCUAAAGAUGACAGCCUUGGAGACAGACCCUUUGCUCUAGCCACUACGGGCCACACAGCAGGAUCGAUUCAUGGCAGUAAGGGGAGUUAAGCAGGAUAUGAAAGAUGAGGGACUCUCCUCGGGUCUGAAGGAAUUGGGCUGGGCCUGAGUUAGAAGGGUAAAGUUAACAUGCGCUGACUUGAUGCUUAUUUUGCCUUUCAGUCUACCUAUGUUCUUGUAACAUUUUUGGUACUUUUAAAAUUAGUACAUAUGCCUGGUAGAUUUCCCCCCAACUUCUUAUUGUGGAAAAAUUUAAAUUUGUAAAAGAAUAGCUACAAUAGAGCAGAGUGUCCACAUCAGCAGUCCAUUGUCAGUCUCCAUCUAGCCCACUGCCAGCUUUCCUUACUGGUAUACUGUUUUCAAGCAAAUCCUAGACAUCAUUCCAUCCUUCAGUAUUUCAUUGUUUUACCCCAAACUAAAUAAACUAAUAAACUCUAAAGAACUUUAUUGGAUCUAUAAAAAUUACUAAAAAGAAAACAAUUUCUUAAUAGCUAAUGUUAACAAUUAUUUCAUAAAUAGCAUUAAAAUGUGUUAAUUUCACUCAGUCUAAACAAGAGCCACACAAUGCAGUUCAUUGCUGUGUCCUUUAAAUCUUUUUAAUGCAUGGACUUUUCUCAUCAUUUUUUACAUUCCCCUUGUAAUUUCUUUUUGGAAGAAAUUGAUUUACUUAUCAAUGAAGAGCUUCCCAUGAUUUGGAUUUUGCUGAUUGCCUUCUUGAGGUGUUCUUUGACAUGUUCCUUUCCUGUAUUUUCUGUAAAUUGGCCAUUGAAUCUAGAGGCUUGAUCAGAUUAGAUUUUUUUUAAUUUGGGGGGGCAGACCUACUGUAUGAAAUCGUGGCGUAGUCCUUGAUGAGGAAGCAUAGAAUGUCUGGUUGUUUCUUUCUGUGAUUUUGCAGCCUAUGAUGAUAUGUAUCAGUUUUAAAAAUCAAAUAUUACAAGAAGGUUGCACGGCCCGGUAUGUGAGCCAUGUGGCUGUAUUGAACACUUGAAACAUGAAUAGUCAGAAUUGAGAUGUGCUGUAGAUGUACAAAUACACGUUGGACUUCAAACAGUACAAAACAAUGUAAAAUAUCUCAAUAUGUUUAUAUUGAUGACCUGUUUUAAAUGAUAAUAUUUUGGAUACCUGGGAUUAAAUAAAACAUUAAAAUGAA